AUGAUGCUCAAUAAUAUAACUCAAUUAACAACAAUGAUAACAACCAUAGCAUCAACAAUAACUACAAACAAUCUAUCAACAUCACCAAUAAAUGAAGUGAAUCAAUCUAUGACAACAACAUCAUUAGUAACAACUACCAAUAUUAUGCCAAUAAUCAAUGCAAAAUGUAAACCUAUUGAAUCAUUAGAAUUAUUUGGACGUGUUUACGGUGAUAUGCAUGGAUAUAUUACAUUAUUUCUAUGUCCUAUAUGUGUAUUAUCUAAUAUUUGUAUUGUAAUUGUACUUAAUCAACGUGAUAUGAUAUCACCGACAAAUUUUCUAUUAACAUCAUUAGCAAUCAGUGAUGGUUUAUUGAUGAUUUUCUAUAUACCAUUUACAAGUUAUUUUUUAAUUGGUCGUCAUACACGUAAUUCAACUUAUAAUUGGGCUGUUUAUCUUCUAUUUCAUAUUAGUCUACAAAAUUUUCUUCAUUUAACUUCAAGUUAUAUUGUUGUUGUUAUAGCUGUAUUUCGAGUUCUCUAUGUAAAAUUUAUAGUUAAAUGUCAAAUUUUAUGCAGUAUGCAAAGAGCUAAAUUUGCUAUUACAAUAGUAUUUAUAAUUAGUAGUAUAUUAUCUAUUCCAUGUAUUAUGAAUCAUCAUAUUGUACAAAAUAAUAAUGAACAAACAUUGAAUAGUUACAUGGUUACUUAUGUAGAUAAUGAAGUUAUGUUAAAUUAUCUUUAUUGGAAUACAGCAAUUUUUUUGAAACUUCUACCAUUAUUAUGUUUAUGUGUACUUAGUUUUAUGAUUAUAUAUACAAUACGUAGACAAAAUUCACGUAUGAGAAAAAUGAAAACCAAAUCAAUCAUAUGUGUUGAUCGUGUUAUUGAAACAUCCAGUUCACAUAAUCCAACUAGUUCAAAUUCAAUCAUCAUUAAUAAUAAUGAAUUAGAUCAAAAUCAAAAUCAAUUAAAUAAUCAUGAUAUAAAAGAGAAGAUUAAAUUUCAACCCAUUCAUGGAUCUAAUACUUUAUCAUAUACAACUAAUUCAAUGUAUAAAAAUGUUACUCUAUUAAAAAAACGUAAUACAUUUGAAAAUGAACGUGAAAAAGCAGAAAAUAGAAUGACAAAAUUUUUAUUAGCUAUUGUUUUCAUAUUUAUGAUUACAUUACUUCCUCAGGCAAUAUUAUUAUUUUUAAGUGGACUUGUGGGUGAUUGUUUCACAGAUACUGUGUAUAAUGCAUUGGGUGAUUUUAUGGAUCUAUUGACAAUUGUUAAUAAUGGUAUUAAUUUUAUACUGUAUUGUUCAAUGUCACAUCAAUUUCGUACAACUUUCAUACAAUUCUGUACACGGAUAUUUAAAAUAUGUAAAAGGAUCUAAUGCCCAAUAUUGAUAAAUCUUCUUUUAAAUGGAUUUUUUAACAUCUCAGUCGUGUUCUUCAUACAUUUCACAUUUCCGCAGUGAGAUACGUAUGUACAGGUAUCUUCUCAUUCCCU